GUUCAGCGUUAUUGCCCUUCCAUCAUUAGAAAUGAAUUGAGUUAUAACUACAUGGACUCGACUCUGCUGGAAGGUCUUGCACCAUGUUCAACAAUCUCAGCAGCUUUGUGCAGAAGGCUCAGUCGGCUGCUCAGCAGCUGAUUGAUCCUAUGCAAGGACUGAACUUGACCAACUCAGACAGGCAUCCCUCCAAAGCUUCUCUAUUCCAGAAUCAGUUCCGACUACCUAGUUCUCAGACGCCCUUGUACGAGAUCCCCGCCGAGCUCACCAUCCCUCCUUCGAAUGUCACUCAAGGCGAUAAAGAACGCGACCGCGGUUGGCACUAUGCCGGAAAACUACACCUUUCCGAGUUCUAUAUGUGUUUUUCCACCACUCCCACUAGUUUUACCCAAAGCGCCAGCCCCUCGAGUGCCGCCGCAUUCACCGGUCAGACCCAUGGUGCCGGGCCUAGUGGGAAUGGAUUUACUUUCCCUCUAUGCGCUAUCAGAAAGGUGGAGCGCCUAAAUACCCAGAGCCUUCAGUUUGCUCUCGCCAUCACCACUUGGAACGGAAUAUCGCAAGAAUCAGUCAAGGAUAAAGACGCGCAAAAAGACAAAGAUUUCAGAGAACAGAGGAUUACUAUACAGCUUGCUGGAUCCCGUCCGGUAUGCGAGAGGUUUUGCGAUGGUCUUAAGAAAGGCUUAAGGAAUGCGGUCGGUAGCGUCGGGAGAUACAAGAAGGUUAUCUCCGAAUGCUACUCGGAAUACCUCCUGAGACCGGAGGAUAAAAAGAACGUAAACCCGCCCGAUGCCGGCUUAGGCAUGAUUUUUCGAUACCCUGGCGACCCGAAGAAGCUUAGAGAUCGGGCGAAGAUGAGGUUAUGGGCUGAGUAUCUUCGUGAUAAUGGUCGAAACGCGACUCUGAUCCGUCAACCUACCUUUCAUAAGUUAAUUAGAGUCGGUCUACCAAAUCGGCUCCGAGGGGAGGUCUGGGAAUUAACGUCUGGAUCUCUCUAUCUGCGACUCGAAAACCCAACCUUGUAUGUGGAUACGCUCGCAAAGUUUGAAGGGAAAGAGUCGUUGGCUAUAGAUGAAAUAGAAAAAGACUUAAACAGAAGUCUCCCGGAAUACCCGGGAUUCCAAAGCGAAGAUGGCAUCAGCCGCCUACGCCGGGUUCUCACGGCAUAUAGUUGGGUCAACCCCGACGUCGGCUACUGCCAGGCCAUGAAUAUUGUCGUGGCCGCUUUGUUGAUUUACAUGUCGGAAACUCAAGCGUUCUUCCUCCUGUCAGCGUUGUGCGAUAGGUUAGUUCCUGGAUAUUACUCCUCUACCAUGUACGGAACACUCCUGGAUCAAAAGGUCUUUGAAGCCCUCGUGGAAAAGACGAUGCCGAUCUUGUGGGAACAUCUCGUUAAGAGCGAUGUACAACUCUCCGUCGUUUCUCUUCCCUGGUUUCUUUCCCUGUAUAUCAACUCGAUGCCCUUAGUUUUUGCAUUUAGAGUUCUAGACGUUUUCUUUGUUGAGGGACCCAAGGUGUUAUUCCAAGUCGGGUUGGCUAUUUUAAGGAUUAACGGCGAGGAAUUGCUAGAUGCUGCAGACGACGGCGCCUUCAUAUCCGUCCUAAAGUCAUAUUUCUCGCGGCUUGAUGAAUCCGCGCACCCCAAAUCGGAAAAUCCGAAGCUACGAGCUAUCAACAGGUUUCAAGAGCUUAUGGUAGUAGCCUUUAAAGAAUUCUCGGGAGUGACUCAUAGCACGAUCCAAGAUUUGCGGCUAAAGAACAAAGAUGCGGUUCUCAAUAAUAUUGAGAAUUUCGCCAAACGUACUGCCAUCCGGAAUCUUGGUCCCGACAGCAAAUUACUGAGCCCCGACGAGCUGGGGGCCCUUUACGACAGGUUCUAUGGGAUUUUAUACGAGCGACAACAGAGAGACCAUAUUAUUCAAGAGCAGCUAGCUCGAUCUAAAGCAAGUAGAGCUAGGGUUGCCGAAACAUUCCCGGAACAUAACCAUGGCAUCGAGAAGGGUCGAGUCGGGCUAGGACCCAGUACUAGCUUAAUGGACUACGAUGCGUUCCGGGAAUUCUUAGCGAGUGUGUCUAAAUGGGCCAUCUCCGACGCUCCAGCAGCCUCGCCUAAGCGUGACAUGUCCGAGAAAGAUCGCGGGUCUUAUUUUGGCAGUUUUAGACGCACCGAACCGAACCUGCUCUCACCGUGGGGCGGAAACCCUGAGCCGGCUGAUCACGAGUUCAUGCAAAGAUUAUUCCGAAGAUGGGACGUCGAUUCUAGCUCUACACUAACGUUACAAAACGUAGUAACAGGCUUUGCACAUAUCAAAGGCAAGCGUGAUAUUAUGGGCACAAUCACGUACUUUUUCGAGCUUUAUGACGACGAUGGCGAUGGUAGAGUUGAUCGAGAGGGUAUUCUCCGAAUAUCAGAAGCGCUCUUAUUCCUCUCGCGACGUGGUCUCGAGGGAUCAUUGAGUAAUUCCGCGUCGACCCCAGGGCUAAACGGACUGGGCGAAUCUAGCAGUAGCUCAUUAACACCGCCGAUUGGUGGCACUAUCAACGAGCGAUUUUUAGGAAGCGUGAGCGCUUUCAUUAGGCGCUGUUUUGAAUACGCCGAUCCUGAUCAUCCAAAUAACCAAACCACAAAUGAAAGGACCUCGCCCUCUGAUACUGACGAGCCGGCGGUUGACAAUAAUAGCGCAUUUGCUAUUGGUGACGAUGAAGAUGAGGAAGAAGAUUUGCUUGCCUUUGAAGGUCCAGCUGACAGUCCGCAGCCCGAAAAGAAGAAACCAGAGUUGGGGGACAAAAUUCCACCGGCUUUAGGUAAACCGGACACGGAUAACGAGACCAGACGUGCGGUAUCCAAAGCCCAGUCUGAGAAGGCCAACGCGGCCCUGGAUCCUUCAAACCCACUACACAUAACUUUGCCUACGUUCCGCAUGGUAGUACUUGCAGACGAAUUACUCGAACAGUUCUUCGAAUCAUCGUUUCCGACCUCAUUGCACCUCAUUGACGGCUUGGUAUCUACUAACCAGUCUACCUCAUCUCUAACCACAUUUUCGAGCAUGGGCUUCGGACGUACUUCCGGUGCACCACCUCCUGUUCCGCAGGCAGGAAUGGCAGGCGCUGGCCGUAGUCUACGUGGCGUUUUAGAUAACAUCGUCACAGAUGCAUCACGCGUUGCUGCCGAAGUCCGCCGGCGUAUGGAAGAAGCACAACGCGAAUUGGAAAAGAAUGCAGUGCCCGGGCAGAGGGACGACGAGGAAGAAGAGGAAGAGGAUAUCCAUGGCCUACGUCCAACUGCGUAUGGAGGAGAUCCCGAGCGAAGGAGCGUCAGGUCGUCCGAUAGAGAUUUACUAGAUGGAGCCGACGCCGGGGCUGGGGCAGCGAAGAAUCCAGAAGGGCAAAGCCAGCCAAAUCUCGACGCCAAUGGCGUGCAAGACGCGAGGCCAAGAACCGCUAGUUCAGCAACACAGAGGAUUGUGGAGUUUGAGGGUUGAAAUGCAUGCAGAGGCUAGCACAGGGUCAAUAGGGGGAGUUAGGGUAUCGGUCUGGAACAUGAUUCAAGGUCUUGGCGUCGUUUCCCAUUGCCCGUUCGUAUGGUGUAUGUACAACUAAAAGCCACUACUAUACCAGGGACUGUAAUUCAAAUUCAUUAAAUCAACAAAUUGGUCGGGCUGAGACAUUGUGCUAUUAAGAAUUUGGGGAGGUCUCCCUCCCUUUCGUGCCUUGGAAUCUGGAUCUGCAAGACUACGCUAACGUUAAGUUAUUAGGUUAAUAUUGCUAUGUAACUGAGGAAAUCAUCAAUAUUAGCGAAUAAGACUGUUAUAGCGGUCUGGUGUCGCAUGAGAGAGCUGAUUCCUAUACUUGAUGCAGUUGACGCAUAUGAGCCUACACUCCGGAGGAAGCUGUAGGCAAACCUCCCU